GGCAGGGCUUUGAGAAUAGACAAGCUAGGCCAGACUUUUAGUCUCUUCCAGGUGUGCGGGUUUCUCUGGGCAAAGGACAGGUGCUGUAAUAACACUUGCCAUAAUCAGGUAUCUAAGAUCUUAUCCACAGUUUUCUUGCUCAGUUCUGCACCUGCAAGACCGGGUCCAGUCUUCGUAGAAAAUGCCAGUAGCAGACACACAGGGUGGGGGUUGGAGGGAGCUGAUUGUAGCCUCCGAAGCCAUACUUGGCACAACUACUACCUCCCAACUCUCAACACUUGACUGAUUGCUCUUCAUCAUUGGGAGCCUCUGGCGUCUUGAGCUGGACCCCAAUAAGCGCUGAAACUCCCACUGAAUGAAUGAAGCUACAGCUUCGGCUCUGUGUUAUGGCAACGGAGCCGCCAUCCCCCCUCCGACUCGAGGCUCCUGGCCCCCCAGAAAUGCGGACCCCACCCGCGAGCGAGCCCCCCCCCGAGGGCAUCCCGAAGCCGGCAGGCGGCAGGCUCCGCUUCCUCAAUGGUUGCGUGCCCCUCUCGCAUCAGGUGGCCGGGCACAUGUACGGAAAGGACAAAGUGGGUAAGUGUGGGUAUUUAUCUAUAUUUCAGGUUUAUGCUGCUGAUUGUACUGAUGGUGUUCUUUUAGAGCUACGAAAAUAUUUGCCAAAAUAUUAUGGCAUCUGGUCACCUCCAACUGCACCAAAUGAUUUAUACCUAAAACUGGAAGAUGUGACCCAUAAAUUUAAUAAGCCCUGUAUAAUGGAUGUAAAGAUAGGGCAAAAGAGUUAUGAUCCUUUUGCCUCAUCUGAGAAGAUUAAGCAACAGGUCAGCAAGUACCCAUUAAUGGAAGAGAUUGGGUUCUUGGUGCUUGGCAUGAGGGUUUACCAAAUUCAUUCUGACAGCUAUGAGACACAAAACCAGCACUACGGAAGAAGCUUAACGAAAGAAACUCUAAAGGAUGGGGUCUCCAGGUUUUUUCAUAAUGGAUUCUGCGUAAGAAAAGAUGCUGUUGCUGCCAGCAUUCAGAAGAUUCAGAAUAUUCUGCAAUGGUUUGAAAAUCAGAAGCAGCUUAACUUUUAUGCAAGUUCAUUACUGUUUGUUUAUGAAGGCUCAUCUCGGCCAACUACUACAAAAUCAAAUGACAGAACUUUGGUAGAAAAGUUUUUGUCCAAAGGACAACUGUCAGACACAGAUGUACUGGAGUACAAUAAUAACUUUCAUGUGUUAAAUUCCACAGAGAAUGGAAAAAUAGAUGUUUCAGUAGGCAAAAGCUUGUCCAAGAUGUAUGCUUGUCACAGAAAAAUGUGUUCAAAAAAGCAUCACAGUCAUACUUCAUUGAAAGCUGAAAAUACAGAGCAAGACAAUGGGUGGAAAAGCAUGUCACAGGAACGUUUAAAUGGAAAUGUACUUUCCCAACUGGAAAAAGUUUUCUGCCAUCUUCCCACUGGUUGCCAGGAGAUUUCAGAAGCAGAAGUGCGAAUGAUAGAUUUUGCUCAUGUGUUCCCUAGCAACACAGUAGAUGAGGGAUAUGUUUAUGGGCUGAAGCAUUUAAUUACUGUACUGCAAAGUAUUUUAGACAAUUGAAACCUUUGCUGUGGUCUUUUUAAGGAUGGGGCAAUCAUAACAAAAGCAGCAGUCAAUAUCUCUAUACUUGUAAAGCUAUGUAAAAAAUUUAUAUUGUGAGUCUACAUUUUGUCUUUAUACUUUUGGUAGAAGGGUUAUCUUUUUUAUAAUCUUACUCAGGAAAACUAUCUGUUCAUUAGAAAACUAUGAAGAAUAAACUUAGGAAUGUUAAGCAGGGAAUGUGGUGGUACAUGGCUUAAACAUCUAUUUGGCUCAAGCAAAAUGCAAACCGUUAUUCAGUCAUUAAGAGUUUAUUUAGCUUUCUGUAGCCAAUUUGUCAUGAAAUUUCUGCCCACCCAACCUUGACAAUGAGCCAUAUCUAAACUCAUUAAUUUAUUAGAACACUUUAAAAAAUCUAGAAAGCACAGGUUGAUGUCCUUAGCAUUGCUAUGAAUGAAGUUAUUAAAACUGGAGAAAAUUCUACUUCAGAAAGUUAAGUACUGUUUAGGUUUUAUAUUAAAAGUUCAGACCAGCAUAUCAAAAGGUGCUUCUUAGUAAAGUGAUUUAGAAUUAUUGCAUUCCAAAAGCAGAUUUUCUCUUUAAUUUCCAGUUAUUUGCAUAUUUCAAAAUAUUAUAUAAAGAUAAUUGAAGCGAACAACAACAACAACAAAUUUCUUGGAAUUAAGUUCACUAAUAAUUAUUCUUGCCAGGGUUAGGAGAAGAAAAAGGGCAUUUGCAAGGAACAAAAUAUUUUCUUUUAAACUCUUAAAUUGAUGCAAAAAUUAGAAAAAGUAUUUACUAUAUUGUGAAAAAUGUUAUAAACCAUAUAAUACCUUUUCCUACCUUUUCAAAAGGUAGAUGAUUGUCUUACUUUUCCUUUAAAGACCUUUUGAGAAUUUUCUCUUUUAAAAUGCAUGUAUUUAUAUGUCUCCAUUUAGUCAAACAGUAGUAUAUAUUGCUAAAAAGUGUUUCUUAGAAUUCUAAUAAGCAGUGAAGGACACCACCCAGUAUUGUAUCAAAAGUACCACGGGUAAUUAGUGCACCUCUAUAAGUUUGGUGCAUAUCUAAAUCCAUGCUUCUAUUUCACUCUUACUCAAAACAAUUUUAUAUCCUAUUCCAGAUAGAAAUAACAAUUUAAAUUGUAAUGAGUGGAAAAAUUAUUAUCUGUAUUAUCUGAGUUUCACAUCUACUACCCUUUAAAAAAUAAGGAGUUAUUUGUUAUUGAAAACAUUUAAAACUUUGAAAUUAAAUUUGCAAAUAUGUUAGAUAUUUAUGAAAGCAUUACUUGCACUUUGAUUCACUAACACAUCUAAGCAGUUAACAGUUUUGCUGUAUUCUUGGAAGAUGUUUUAUAUUUGUGAGCUGUUGAACUUUCUCCCCUCUUUUUCCCCUAGGAUUACAAAUUAAACUUUUAAAUCUUAAUGUCUUUGUUUUUUUUAGUGUAAAGUAUCACAAUUUUGUGUUUAUUUCACCUUCCCAGUCUGUGUUUUUCACAAAUAUCUGAGCACAAACAGAAGUACCAAAUGCUCUAUGAAUUCUAUGCUUAGUAACUCUAGUAAACCUGAAUAACUUUAAAAUUGAUAUACAUUUUGUUACAGCAAAAUUUGGUUUUAAUUUUUUAUUUAGAGUCAGAAUAAGUAUUUUCUAUAGAGACUGCAUAUUUUUCUCUACUGCCUAAAUAGGUAUUGGCUGUAGCUUUUCUUUGUGGGGAUGAAUUUCAAGUCCUAAUAGUCAAAAAUUUUUUAUUUUAAUUUUUUUUCUCCCACAACAUAGACUUUUGUUGUUGUUGUUGUUAUUUGGACAGGGGUUCAUAAGUCUGAAGCUCAGAUAAUUAACAGUUUUGAGUCUUAACAAGAGGGUUGUUUUGAAUGGGAUGGUAUCAGGCUAUGUACAAUGAAUUUAAUAAAUUUAAAUAUUACCAGAUUUUUUGCACAUUUUAGCUCAAUAAAGUGUGAAUCAACUGUUCUAGAUUUUCUUUAUCCAUAUGUAGAAAUAUAGUUUUGUAAAAAUCAAUGUCUUACCUUUUUGAUACAAUAGACCAUAUUUUUUUUUUAAAUAAAACAGGAAGCGCUUUUGUCUUUUAUUUUUCAGGGAAGAGAUUAACAUUUAAUUCUGUUUGUUUACAUUUUUUAUCACUGUUACCCAGUGCCCAUUUUAUGUUAUUUUAUAAGUAAGCUUACAUGUCACAGAAUAAGUCUCUGUUUAUGUAAUCUACAUGUGAAUAUUUUACUAUCUAGCCCAGUCAUUUAACAUUAUGCUGAAAUUUACCACUGUGGGGAAGAAUGAUCACUAUUCACCAAGCAUGUUUAAACAUGUAUGUGUUUAAUAAAUAAGCAUAAUAAGGAUAUAGUUUGGGUUAAUAGGAUUACCAUAGUUUAUUCCCCCUAGGAAACAUAAAUAAUGAUUUUAGUGUAUUUCUUAUGGAAUGCACUCAUGAAAAGGACUUUAAGAAAUGGUGGAUAGUGAAUAAUACAUUUCUCUAAUAAAAAUUUAAAUUGUGUAAUAGUUUUAUAAUAAAGUAUUUACACUAAUAUUUUAAUAUGGAUGGAAGUUGCAUAAAUUCAAGUAAAUUAAAAAUUGAUGAUAAAUGCUAAAUAUUUUAUCUAAAUAGUUUUUCAAGAAACAGUUGUGAAAAUGUGUAUAUUACAUGGCUCUAACGUGGAACUUGUAUUUUCAACUCAGUAUUCAUUAUUCUUUGUUUUAUGUGUCUGGAAAGAUCGUACUUACUAUGCCUCUUUACACUACAAUUUGCUAUUGUGGAGCUUUAGAUUGUAUUCAACUGAAUAAGGACUUUUUUUAUGAUUUUGAUUGAGUAUAACUUACUAUUUUAUGAUUUCCAAAAUGAUGUUCUUCAUAUUAUCUCUGUAAAGUCUAUAUAUUAAAUUUAUAAUAAUAUAACUUAAGAAAAAGGAAUUAAUUUUCAGAGAUAUUUCAGUUGUAAUUUUCAUAUUUCAUGCAACUGAAAACAUUUGUUUCUAGGAUUGGGAAUACUGAGAAGAUAUGGGAUGAAAGAAGAUGGUAUGUAACUGUUUUAUUUGUGAAAUUACAGAAAUUUUGUCCACUA